CAUAAUUAGUUGCAUCAACAAGAUACAACAAAAACAAAGAAACUGAUUGUGCUUUGAUAAUAUCUCCCGUACUUACUGUAAUUUUAUCAAUUGGACAUUUUAAUAUGUAGUCACUGUACUAUUACCUUUAGUGACAGUGUUGCCUGAAAUGAACGCUGAUGAACUAAGUAGUUUUAACUGUUUAUAGUUUUAAGACUAGUUUGUGCAAGGAUGACAAUAAACAAAAAGUCUGACUAAUGAUAUAGUUAUAACAGCAACUAUGAUACAAAUGCAAUCCAUUUUCUUCCAAUGCAACUGCGGAAUUGAAAGUGUUCAAUACUUUUGAAACAGACAUAAACGAGUGCGAGGAUCAAUACAACAGUCCCUGUGUAGGAACUUGCACAAAUACCAUGGGAAGUUACAAAUGUUAUUGUCCUAAAGGGAGCCAUGGAGACGGGAGGAGAGGCGGAAGUGGUUGCUUUCACAAUAAUCAAGCAUUUCCAGUAUUUAAGAUAUCUCUUGGUGUCGGUAUAGGAUUCUUAUUUUUAGCUAUUGGUGGUUCUUGGUUAUACUUCAGUCUGAGGAAGAGAAACGAAAUCCUGCUCAAGGCUAAAUUUUUUCAUAAAAAUGGAGGUUUAUUUUUAAAACAACAAAUAUCUUCACAGGAAAGUAGUGGAGAGUCAUCAGCAAAGAUCUUCACAGCAGACGAGCUAAAACUGGCAACCCAAAAUUACGAUGAGAAACUGAUCCUUGGCCGUGGAGGUCAUGGUUUAGUUUUCAAAGGAACUUUAUCUGAUAAUCGUGUUGUGGCCAUUAAGAAAUCAAAAAUGGCUAAUGAAAAUCAAAUUGAAGAAUUCAUCAACGAGCUUGUUAUCUUAACUCAGGUUAACCAUCGAAAUGUUGUGAAGAUCUUAGGAUGUUGUUUAGAGACUGAAGUGCCUUUACUUGUCUAUGAGUACGUUUCUAAUGGAACCCUCUCCCAACACAUCCAUACAAGAAAGGAUGGUAUGUCCUCAUCCAUAUCUUGGGAGAGUCGGUUGAGGAUUGCAGCCGAAACUGCAGGUGCAGUUGCAUACCUACACUCUGCAGCUUGUGUACCGAUUAUUCAUAGAGAUAUCAAAUCUGCAAAUGUAUUGUUGGAUGAAAGUUACACUGCAAAAGUAGCUGAUUUCGGAGCAUCAAGGUUAAAUCCGUUGGAUCUAAAGGAAAUAGACACAAUUGUUCAAGGGACCUUUGGAUAUCUGGAUCCUGAAUACUAUCACUCUGGCCAAUUGACGGGUAAAAGUGAUGUUUAUAGUUUUGGUGUUGUUCUAGUAGAACUUUUAACAGGAGAAAGACCCAUUUCUUUGGCUAGGCCAGAAGAAAAACACAACUUUGCUAUAUAUUUUCAUUCUUUGGUUACAGAGAAUGAUAUGUUUGAAAUUCUUGAGGCUCGAGUGGCAACUGAAGGAAAACGAGAACAAGUUCUUGCAGUUGCUAUGCUUGCAAAGAGAUGCCUUAAUUUGAGAGGUGAAGAUAGGUCUACAAUGAAACAAGUCGCUAUGGAGCUAGAAAGUUUGAGAAAAUCAAAGUUGUCAUCAACACACCCAUGAAUGCAGGAUCAUUGCCUUAGGCACAAUGCAGAGCAAACAAACACAGUACCAGAGUCAACAGACUUAUACACUGUACCAAGCUCUUAUUCCAUUGCCAACUCUGACCAGUAUAGUACCGAGAGGGAUACGACAAAGUCGUCAAACCCGCGAUGAGUAUUGUAUAGUUUCUUAAGCAUAAGAAUGGGCUAUGGCAGUAGCUAUAUGCAUCCAAGAUAACAUGUUUGAAUAUCUAUUGUAGUUGUAUCAGUUUGUGCUAAACCAAACUAUAAAUCAUUCAAAGAACAAACCAACAAAAUUUGACCCAACAGACCGUUACACUUUACCAACGUUCAAACACUAAACCCCUGUUAGGACAAGGAAGAGGGUCCAAAACCUCAAAUGCUUGGGUGUUGGGUUCAUUUUGGUAAUUAGGUUUAUAGGAGUAACUGGCAGCUUUAAAUUUGGGCUUAUUGAUUGGAAUAGAGAUUAUCUAAGUCUAUGUAACAAAGUAAAAUAAUAGUAGAAACAAGCCAUAUCAACGUCAAGUUGAAAACUUGUUUUAAUUCCUAAUUCAGAUGACGCUAUGAACAAUUUAUAUGAUAAAGAUGAAUCCACUGAGGAUUCUGGUCCUUGAAGUUAAACAUUCCGUCAUGGUUUCCCAUAAACUAACAAAAAUGUAUUGAUAAGGUAUAGCUGAAUGAUUGGAGUUUUAAGAUAAAAAAGCUAAAUUUAAUGCUGAAAAUUCCAUAUAUAAAGUUGACGAAAAAGAAGACUUUUAUCAAGUAUGUUUAAUAACGGCAGUAAGUAAUAGCAUAAACUGUUACCAGAUAUGACC